AUGCUUCAAGAAGAACCGAGAACCGGCAGGCCAAUUCCUGUUGGUGCCGAGACUCCUGGUGAUCCUGUUACAGCGGAUAACAAUCCUCUCUUACAGGCCAGGACUUCGGAAAGUGUUAGUUCUGGGAAGAAAAGCAAAGAGACCAGAGAUGAAGAUGAGCAAGAAAAGCUUCCCGACGUGAUUCCUGUUAGUGCUGCUCAGAAUGUUGUGAAAAUGUCUCCACCAAACAAGGAGGGUGCCAUUGACAAUAUUCCGUUAGAGGUGCUUGAUCCGAAGAGGUUCAAAAGAGCCCCUCCAAGGGAAAGUAAUAUGGUGGACACUUCAAUUGAUACGGCAACGUAUCGGGCAGAUCAACAGAAGAUUGAGAGCCUCACUAAGAGUAUUGAAGAGGAGAAACCUGAAUAUUUGUUCCCCUGGUUCUCUGUUGGAGGAUUUAAUGUAGUCAAGAAUCCUGCUACUCAGAUGAAAUCCUCUCGUGUUGUGAAGUCGUAUGUUGUGGAAAACUACUACAACGAUUGGUAUAGUAACACUGCUGGUGUUGUCGGUACUUGCUUCUUCUCUUGGUUACUUUCUUACUUGAACUUUUCAUGGUGGUCCUUGGGAUUUGUGUUCUUUUGCACUGCAUCCGUGUAUAGAGCAGAGUUCCGUCGAUUCAAUAGAAACAUUAGAGACGAUAUGAAAAGAAUCACCGUCGAAGAGACCUUGAGCGACCGUACCGAAAGUUCAGUAUGGCUGAACUCCUUCCUAUCCAAGUUCUGGACAAUUUAUAUGCCAGUUUUGUCCCAACAAGUUAAGGAUGCAGUUAAUCCACAGUUAGCUGGUGUCGCUCCUGGGUACGGUAUUGACGCGUUGUCCUUGAAUGAAUUCACUCUUGGUACCAAGGCUCCAACCAUUGAUGCCAUUAAAUCGUACACCAAGAAAGGAGAUGGUGUCGUGGAAAUGGAUUGGACUGUAUCUUUCACUCCAAAUGAUGAAUCAAACAUGACUCCAAAGGAAGCCAAGAACAAAAUCAACCCAAAGAUUGCCUUGGGUGUUACUAUUGGUAAAGGGUUCGUUUCAAAAUCGUUACCGGUGUUGAUGGAAGACAUUAAUGUGGCUGGUACUGCCCACAUUACACUGAAAUUUGGUGAUGUUUUUCCUAAUAUCAAGACUGUUUCUGUCUCCAUGUUAGAGCCACCACUAAUCGAUUUCGCUUUGAAGCCAAUUGGUGGUGAUACUUUAGGGUUGGAUAUCAUGUCGUUCUUGCCGGGUUUGAAGACAUUUGUUAAGACUAUGAUUAACUCAAAUGUUGGACCUAUGUUGUAUGCUCCAAACCAAUUAGAUAUUGAUGUUGAAGAAAUUAUGGCUGCCCAAUCACAGGAUGCCAUUGGCGUCGUAGCUGUCACCAUUGACUCUGCUUCUGAUUUGAAAACUAGCGAUAUCUUGUCUACUUCUGUUGAUCCCUACAUUAAAUUCACAACAGAGAAGGGUAUCAUUGGCAAUGAGAAUGAUCUUCGCACCACAGUUAAAUCAGAUACGAGGAAUCCUCGCUGGAAUGAGACUAAAUACUUGUUAGUGAAUUCAUUGGAUCAAAAGCUAAACCUAACUUGUUACGAUUUUAAUGAUGUCAGAAAAGACGCACUUAUUGGCUCAUUCGACAUUGACCUUUCAGAGUUAUACCAAAAGCCUGCUCAGGAACACUUAUCUAAGGAUUUGGUGGCCAGAGGGAAAUCAAAGGGUGUUUUGAACUACAGUAUAGACUGGUUCCCUGUCAUGGAAAAAGAAGGUACGAAGUCGGCUGAAGAAUCUUCUGAAAAGGCUGAUGCAAGCGAUGAUGAGGAUUCUGAAGGAAGUGAGGAUACGGAGACUUCUGAGAACGAUUCUGAUGUCGGAAUCAUGAAAUUUACUUUACACAAGGUCAAGUAUUUGAACAAAUCUGCUGCCCUCACAGGAUUUUUGUCUCCCUGCGCAGAAUUGUUUAUCGACGGUAAGAAGGUAAAGUCGUAUAGGACCUUGAGACGUAUUAAUGAACCAUCCUGGGAAGAAACGAUCGAAAUUUUGAUUCCAUCAAAAUCAAAGUCCGAACUUUCUCUAAAACUUUAUGAUGAUCAAAUGCACGGCAAGCGCCAAUUGGCCGAAUACACAGCUUCAAUGGAAGAUGUUAUAGAACUAUUUGAACAAGGACAAACUUUUGUACAGGCCUCUCCGCAAGGUGAGAUCUACAUUACCUCAAGCUGGAAACCAGUUGCCAUGGCAGGUGCUUUCAAGGUUCACAAUACCGUACGUGAACCAUUGGCGGCCUUGAGAGUUCAUUUGAAAGAUGCUACUAUCAGUAGCGACGAUUUUUCUGGUGUCGGUGAUAUCGAUCCUUACGUUAAAGUAAUGGUGAAUAAACAUUUGAUCUACAGAACAAGCUACUUUUCGGAGACCAAGAAUCCUGUUUUCAAUAAUGUUAUUUAUAUUCCAAUCACCUCAGAGAAUCAAAAUGUAUCAUUGCAUAUGUAUGAUUAUCAAAAGGUUGGUAAGGACAGGUUGGUAGGUAUCUACCAAAUCUCCUCUUCUAAGUUGAUAAGAAAGGAUAGUGACACAGGCAGGUACAUUCCGAAAUUUACUGAUGAGAAAUCUUUGAAAUGUAUCUUAGUUAAUAACAAAGGUAAAACAAUGAAGAGUUUUAUGAACCUCAGCUGUUCUGUUGUUCCUGCAAUUCCUGUUUACUAUCCUCAUGAGCUUCCAGCCGUUGAUCAGUUAGCGGAAAGAGUUGAAAAGAAGAAACAAGAAUUUGAAGAAGAGCAAAUUGAAUUGAAGAAGGAAAUGGAUAAAAACCCUAAGGAAUAUGAAGUGGUUGAAGCCGAAGAUAAAUUCGAAAAGGACAUCAAAAAGCUAAACAGGAAGGAGAGAAUGAAUAUUGAUCAAUUAAUGGAACAUAACUCUGGUAUUUGUUCAUUCCAACUUGUUGAGUCAUCUCUUUCACCAUCUUCUGUCUACUUGCAAUUACUGUAUGACGAUAUUGCUUUCCCUGUAUCCAUUUCACAAAAAUCUAACGCAGGUAAAAUCCCCCCUGAAUCUGGAAACUUCUUUGUUCGUGAUUUGAAGCACAGCACUAUGACCUUCCGUAUUACGAAGAAACCAAUCGUUAAGAAUGUUGAUGAUGUCGUCACUGAAACCACUGUUUCAACCUCAUCAGUAUUAAAGGAAGCUAUUGAGGACCCAACCACCAUUAGUUUCAAAAAUGGAGCCCAAGUCAAAAUCAGACUUUUAUUCAAUCCAACUGCUAUUGAAUUGCCAUUAUCAGAAACUGUACUCGAUACUGGUAUUUUGGAUACCACGUUCAUCUCUGCUGAUGAUGUACCAAGUCAUGACAGAAAUGGCAAAUCAGAUCCUAUGAUUAUCGUGAGAAUUGAUGGGGAAAAGAUCUUCCAAUCGGCUGUAGUUAAGAAAACAUUGAAUCCUGUUUGGAACGAAAAGGUUAAACUCCCAGUCCCAUCGAGGUCCAGGAACAAGAUUGCUGUCCAAGUCUAUGACUGGGACAGGGCAGGCUCUAAUGAUUUAUUGGCUGAGACGGAGUGGGAUGUACGCGAUAUGACCCCAAAGAAGGAAGAAUCUUUCACCUUGAAAUUAAGCCCACAAGGAACUGUCAAAUUCAAGUCUACUUUCAUUCCAAAUUACAACAGACCACCUGUUGAUGUCAGUGAAGGUGGGUUAGCUGGUGCAUCCCUAAAGGCUGUUGGAAAUGUCGCCAACUUUGGUGUUGAUACCGUGAGUGGUGUCGCCCAAGUCGGUGCCGGGGUAACUGGUGCUGGUGUUGGCGCUAUGACAGGGGGGUUAUCUAAGGGUAGCCGUCUAUUAAAAGGAUUUGGUGGUAAGAGAUCUAAAAAUGGCGGAGAAAGCAGGGACUCUAAUGACGGAAAAACGUCCAGCUCAUCUUCCGUGUCGAAUUUUGGAUUCGACCCAUCUGUUCCCAACACUUCGUACGCUUCUGUUCGAGCUCAAACGGCACCUACGGUAUCUGCGAAGGGGGAUUCCAGUAUCCAAGAUCCACAUGGUGCAAUUCAUAAGAGGAGUUUGUCUGCUGCUAGUAAUUUCUCGCGUAGUACAAUUCCUGGUUCACACAAGGGUAAAGCAACCAUUAUUGGCGCUGAAAACUUAGGCAAAGCUGUCCAAGUAAGAGUCUCAUUGGCACAAGGUGGGAGAAUUAGACAUCUACAUAGAACUCAUGAACGUAAGGCUGAUGAAAAUGGAGUUUGCCAAUUCAACGAAGUUGUCGAUUUCAAGGCUACUGGUGACUCAAGUAUUGUUCUUGGAGCAGUUGCUCAUCACAAGUUUAGCAAAGAUACUGAACUAGGUGUGUCACAAAUCAACUUGAGUGACCCUCAAUUGCAACAAGAGGGACAAGUUGCCUUGAGACUAGGCAGUGGUCAUGUUAUAUUUAAGAUUGAGUAUCCGUUAGACGGUGAAAUUCCGCCAACUCCAGAAAUCCCAAACAAGUAUAAAUGA